AUGACAGACAAAUUUGAGCUGAAAGCAAGGAUCAGGCUGAGGCUGCUUGCAAUUGACAAUGCCCUGAUUGAAUGUGUUGGACGAGACAAAGUGGAUGAGAUAAGGCGAAGCGUACGGAUCUCACUAAAUGCACAAAGCACCAAGAACUCAAGAAUCGUAAAGCCAAGAGCAUCUACCAAAGACAUGAUGUAA